GUCUCGCGCCGCCGCCGCCGCCGCCGCCCGCCCGCCGCGUGAGAGGACGGGAUCCGCGCGCUCCGCGGAACGCAGUCAGGUUCCCUCCCCUCGGAAGAGUCACGAAGGAGAAGCCGUCGCCGCCGAAAAGGAGCCGCCGGUGCCGGUCCCCGGGGGCGCCAUGGCGACUGGAGCGAACGCCACGCCGCUGGGUAAGCUCGGCCCCCCCGGCCUUCCCCCCAUCCCCGGCCCCAAAGGGGGCUUCGAGCCGGGGCCACCGCCUGCCCCCGGGCCUGGGGCGGGGCUGCUGGUGCCCGGGCCGCCGCCGCCCCCGCCUGUGGGCUCGGUGGGGGCCCUGACCGCGGUUCCCUUCGCGGCGCUGCCUCCGCCACCGCCGCCGCCGCCGCCGCCGCCCCCCCGCCUCCCCCAGCCGCCGCCGCCGCCGCCCUCCCCGGGCUCCUCGUACCCACCGCCGCAGCCGCCCCCUCCGCCGCCGCUCUACCAGCGCGUGUCGCCACCGCAGCCGCCGCCGCCGCCACCCCAGCCGCCGCGUCAGGACCAGCAGCCGGGCCCGGCCGGCGGCGGAGGAGACUUCCCAAGUAAGAAACGGAAGAGGAGCCGCUGGAACCAAGACACAAUGGAACAGAAGACAGUGAUUCCAGGAAUGCCUACAGUUAUCCCCCCUGGACUUACUCGGGAACAAGAAAGAGCUUAUAUAGUGCAACUGCAGAUAGAAGACCUGACUCGUAAACUGCGCACAGGAGACCUGGGCAUCCCCCCUAACCCUGAGGACAGGUCCCCUUCCCCUGAGCCCAUCUACAAUAGUGAGGGGAAGCGGCUCAACACUCGGGAGUUCCGCACCCGCAAAAAGCUCGAAGAGGAGCGGCAUAACCUCAUCACGGAGAUGGUUGCACUCAACCCCGACUUUAAGCCACCUGCCGAUUACAAACCCCCAGCAACACGUGUGAGCGAUAAAGUAAUGAUUCCGCAAGAUGAGUAUCCAGAAAUCAACUUUGUGGGGCUGCUCAUCGGGCCCAGAGGGAACACUCUGAAGAACAUAGAGAAGGAGUGUAACGCCAAGAUCAUGAUCCGGGGCAAAGGCUCUGUGAAGGAAGGCAAAGUCGGGCGCAAGGAUGGCCAGAUGCUGCCUGGAGAGGACGAGCCGCUUCACGCCCUGGUUACUGCUAAUACUAUGGAGAAUGUGAAGAAAGCAGUAGAACAGAUAAGAAACAUCCUGAAGCAGGGUAUUGAGACUCCUGAGGACCAGAAUGAUCUGCGGAAGAUGCAGCUGCGAGAAUUGGCUCGCUUGAACGGGACCCUUCGGGAAGAUGAUAACAGGAUCUUAAGACCCUGGCAGAGCUCAGAGACCCGCAGCAUUACCAAUACCACAGUGUGUACCAAGUGUGGAGGGGCUGGCCACAUUGCUUCUGAUUGCAAAUUCCAGAGGCCUGGUGACCCCCAGUCAGCUCAGGAUAAAGCGCGGAUGGAUAAAGAGUACUUGUCCCUCAUGGCCGAACUGGGGGAGGCUCCUGUGCCCGCAUCUGUGGGCUCCACGUCUGGGCCUGCCUCCACGCCCCUGGCCAGUGCGCCUCGGCCUGCUGCUCCCGCCAACAACCCACCUCCACCGUCUCUCAUGUCCACCACCCAGAGCCGCCCGCCUUGGAUGAAUUCUGGCCCUUCGGAGAGUCGGCCCUACCACGGCAUGCACGGCGGUGGGCCCGGUGGGCCCGGAGGUGGGCCCCAUAGCUUCCCGCACCCGUUACCCAGCCUGACAGGUGGGCAUGGUGGACAUCCCAUGCAGCACAACCCCAACGGACCCCCACCCCCGUGGAUGCAGCCGCCGCCGCCACCGAUGAACCAGGGCCCCCACCCACCUGGGCACCAUGGCCCUCCUCCAAUGGAUCAGUACCUGGGAAGUACGCCUGUGGGCUCUGGGGUCUAUCGCCUGCAUCAAGGAAAAGGUAUGAUGCCGCCGCCACCUAUGGGCAUGAUGCCGCCACCGCCGCCGCCUCCCAGUGGGCAGCCCCCGCCCCCGCCCUCUGGUCCUCUUCCCCCAUGGCAACAGCAGCAGCAGCAGCCUCCGCCGCCCCCUCCGCCCAGCAGCAGUAUGGCUUCCAGUACCCCCUUGCCAUGGCAGCAAAGAUCCCUCCCCGCAGCGGCGAUGGCCCGAGCCAUGAGAGUGAGGACUUUCCGCGCCCAUUGGUGACCCUUCCAGGCAGACAGCCUCAGCAGCGCCCCUGGUGGACAGGAUGGUUCGGCAAAGCAGCCUGAGUUAUUUUUGUGGACGGAAUCGGAACACGCUGGCUCCAUAUUGUGAAUUUUUUAUUAAUUUUUUCUUUUUCCUUUGUUAUCUCCUUAUCUCUUCCUUUCUUCAGACUCCGUCCAAGGAGAUGCUCUCCCCGGUCUUCUGCUGCAAUUAGAUUCCUUUCCCUUUUCUCAUUUCUCGUUCUUCUCUUUCUAAGGAGAGAGGAGCAAAUGGUUUCCCGGCAAAGACCUUUGGCCAUCCAUGUUGGGCUGGUAGGGUGAGGGGUGUUCCUUUGCUUCUGAGAUGUUCAAGGUGCUGUAGUUGCGGGGAGAUAGUUCUUUCAUCUCUGCUCCCCUAGUAGAGUAGUGGGUUAAUCCCCAGGUCCAGGGUCCGUAUCCAUCCUGGCACCCUGAGCCACCUUGGGCCUGUCUGCCAGCCCGGAGAGCCCUUUCCACGUUCCCUGAGCAUCUGAGCUGCCUCAGAUUCCAUUUGUUCCUCUCCUUCCUGGAAGGUCUCCUUUUAAAAUUUAUUUUAAUCCCAAA